AUGGACAAAAAGCAACAUUCAAAAUCAGCUGCUAGUGAAUCAUCUUCUCCUUCCACAAUAAAUAAAUCACAAAAAUCAUCAUCAACAACAGCAGCAGCAUCACUACCAACAAUAACGACAAGCAGAAAUGCAGUACUUCCUCAAACUGCUCGUCGGAUUCUUCAAAAUUUCCUUUUGGUAUGGCUCGAUGCCAAUUUUGAUGAGUCCAAAGACGAUUAUGAAAAACCAAUGAAACACCUGCAACAUAUAGUGGCAACGGUCGCAGUGUUUACAGACGUUGAUGAAUCUAUUGAUUUUCUCACUGACAUUGAGAACGAAAAAGUAUUUAUGAUCGUAUCAGGUGCCCUGGCACAACAUAUAAUACCUAUAAUUCAAGAAUGCCCACAAAUUGAUUCAUUAUUUAUGUAUACACAAUUGUUAAAAGAAGCACUUUUGCAAAUAGAAGAUGAUGAUGCAAAAUCGAUUAAGGAACUCGUUGAAUACUGUCGUCUUCAAAGCUAUGCUUCCGAAACAACACUUGAAAAGUUUGAAGAAGAAUAUCGUAAUCAUUCACCCAUUUGGUGGUACACAGGUCCAUAUUUUAUCUACUCAAUGCUCAAUUAUGGUCUUCGACAAAUGGAUGUUGACAUCAUCCUUAAAAUGGGAUUCUUCAUACGUCAUUUACAUCAACAUAUUAAAGAAUUACAUAGUGAACAAGAAGGGAACAUGCCAACAAAUUUUCAACUCUUCCGUGGACAAGGUUUGUCCAUUGAAGACUUUGAAACAAUGAAAAAAGCCAAAGGAGGACUUAUGUCCUUCAAUAAUUUUCUGUCAACAAGUCGCAACCGUGAGAUAUCUUUCAACAACUUUGCACGACCAGCAGCAUUAAAUACAAAUUCAGUUGGCAUCCUUUUCAUUAUGAACAUUGACACGGGUAUUUGCACGAAAUCAUCAACACCAUAUGCUGAAGUAAGCAAAGUUGGUUACUACAAAGGCAAAGAGGAAGAAAUACUAUUUUCAACACAUGCGAUCUUUCGUAUCAAUCGCAUUGAACGACUUCCCGAUAAUCACUGUGAUCGGCUAUACGAAGUCACUCUCACUAUUGUGGGUAAUGACAAUCAUGAAUUGAACACACUUACAGCACACAUACGUAAAGACCUUGGUGAUCGCACAGGAUGGUCUCGACUUGGUUUCAUACUUAUUCAAUUGGGUGAGCCUGCAAAAGCAGAACAACUUUAUCAAAUUCUCCUCGCAAAGGCGUCGUCUGAUCAAAGUCAAGCGGAAUACAAUCAUCAACUUGGUUGGGUGUAUGAUAACAUGGGAGAGUACUCGGAAGCACUUUCAUAUUACGAAAAAUCACUGGAUAUCUACAAGAAAAUUCUCUCUCCAAACGAUCUCAGUUUGGCUGGUUCCUACAACAACAUCGGCCUGGUGUAUAAUAAGAUGGGCGAGUACUCGAAAGCACUUUCAUAUUAUGAAAAAGAUCUUGAGAUUACCAAGAAAGCCCUUCCUCCGAAUCAUCCCGACUUGGCUGCUUCCUACAACAACAUCGGUAAUGUGUAUAAUAAGAUGGGCGAGUACUCAAAAGCACUUUCACAUUACGAAAAGGCACUUGAAAUCGGUAAAAUAGCUCUCCCUCCGAAUCAUCCCUUAUUCGCUAGUUGCUACCUCAACAUCGGUAUGGUGUAUGAUAAUAUGCGGGAGUACACAAAAGCACUUUCAUUUCUUGAAAAAGCACAUGAAAUUGAUCGUAAAACUUUGCCACCAAAUCACCCAAAUAUCGCACAAUCGAAAAGAAGCAUAGACAAUGUAAAAGAGAAACUGUAAUUUUCCCUUUCGUUUUUAAAAAGAAAAUAAAAUGGCCUUCUUAAACCCAAGGCUCGCCGAAGCAAGCAGCUGCAAAAUUUUGCGCACGCGCGACCAGA